AUGCGUCCUUCUCUUGUUUGCCAACCGCCAAUACAUUAAAGAAGAAGAAGGAGGAGUAUAUGAAAAAGAAGGCGCCAAUAUCGUAUUGCCAGCGGAGUGACAGUUGAUUUUGAAUUUUUUUUAGCGAUGACUGAAAACACCUUUCCUCUCCAUAACGCGGACGCUAUUGUUAAUUUCUACCGCAAUGAGGUUCUCACCGGCCAGGAGGCCAAACAGUUCACUAAAGGAGACCUGACCCCGGUUCCCAGGCCAGAAGCAGUUCAGACGCUGUACAUGAGAAUCCUACAUCUCCUGUACCGCUUCAGGCCUGAGUGCCACUCCAUGGUUCCCCUUUUGGAGAACAUCCAGUAUCCGGGCUACCAUGAGGGUGCUACUGCCAUAAUGAGUGUCUACACACGCAUGAGGCAGUUUCUACCGAUGUGCCUGGUGUAUGAUUUUUCAUUGAAUGACCUUCUGGCUCCAAAAAAACAGAAGACACUGGUCAUUCUGAGUGCCAUCAUGAACUUUCUUCACUUCAGGAAGGAGAGGAUGGUGUUGAUGCUGGAAAAACAGGCCAAAUUUAGGGCGGAUAUGGACAAACUGCAGACAUACACCAGAGGAAACCGGGAAGCAGAGAAGAAGAUUGAGCAGCUAACGACCAUCCCACCAGAACAGCAGGCCGAGGCAGACGAGCUGGCUGCCGCUCUCUCUGAGCUGCAGGCCACCACCGUGCAUGAAUACCAGGAAGUGAACGUCAAAAACGAUAACAUUGCAGAGUGGAAAACCAAAAUAGCAGAGAAGACACAGAAGCUGUCCCAAGUGAAGGUGGACGUCAGUAACCUGAAAGAGGAUAUCACCAAACUCAAGUCUCAGAUCGUGGAGUCUCCAGAGGAGCUGAAGAGCCAGAAGGAGAAGAUGAAGGAAGCUGCAAAGAAAAUCAAGAACUCCAUAGCAGAAACAGACGAGUAUGUGGUGGAGAUGCAGAACAGGGUGCAGAGCGUGGCCCAUACUGAGGCUGAGCUCCAGCAGAUGAACAGCUUGCUGCAGGACCUGGAGAGCAGCAUGAACAACACCAGGCUGCGUCAGGAAGAGUACCAGGAGCUGUUAGUUCAAAGUGAGAAGAUGCAAAAGGAGCUGAAAAGUCUGUGCAGCGAGGAGGUCCAGCUGAAGAGGGCUCUGGGCAUGAAGCUGGAUAAGGAGUGCAAACAGAACAUCCGCAGGCAGAAAAAAAGAGAGACGACGGAACAGCAUGUCCAAGAAGUGUUGGGGCAGUGCAACCAAAUCCACCAGAAACGCGAGGAGAUGGCGGAUAAGAUCCAAGUGAUCACCGGAGAGACCCGUCAGCUGAAGGCCAAGAUCAAGAGCCUGAGAGACGUCUGCAGCAAAGAGACGGAGAAGGCCCAGGCGCUGUAUGACACCCUGUCAACAUCAAUGGAUGGUCUUCACAAGAGGAUCGAGAUGCACAUUACAGACCUGAAACUUCACCAAGAUGUCUAACGUUUCCAUGUGUCUAACUUGUUUUUUUUGUUUUUUCCUUCUGUCUGUUUAGUUUUUUUAUUUAAUCAUCUUUGUAAAUCAACUUGACUGUCUGGUUGGCUGAGUGAAAUAACUUCUGUCAACAUUUUUUCUCCCCAUUUUUCUUGUCUUUACCCUCUCUCUUUGCUACAAUUGUAUUUUACAAGAAAUGAAUAUUAGAAAAGGUUUAAUGUGUUUUUGACAAAUGUUCAGAUUAAGUUAGGAUCUGUUUUGACUCAUUAAAUGAAUACAGAAUCACAAGAAC